AUGGCUCGAAGAAGAAAGUUAAAUAUUCUACAUCGAGCAAGUGAUAAUGAAGGAAUUCAGUCUACUUCUAAUAAUACAAACUCAACCAAUGUAGAAGGAAGUAAUGUUGCAGAAACUCGUUCUAGUCCUUGUCAUGCAGAAGGUGUCAUACGUGAGUCUGUAGAAUCUCACUCAAUUCCCUCUGAUAUAGAAGUUGAAGAAGAACAAAUUGAAAAAGAAGUAGAGCCUAAACGAGCUAGAGGUCCUACAAAAAUGUUAGAUGUAUGGGAAAUGGAAGAUGGUGAUUUAAUAAUCGCUAAUUUGGACAUAUAUGGUCGACCCAUUGGUGAGGAAGGGACAACUCUAACUCGUUUCAUUGGUAGCGUAGCUAGAAGAGUAAAUUUGAGUUUGUUCCUCCAAUAAAUGACUUAACAAGAGAAAUAUUAAAAUCUGAG